AUGAAUACCUUCAAAUCCAUGAUGUUGACUUCAUUUUCAUCAUCUUCUUCUUCCUCAUCCUCUGAUGAUAAGUCUAAUGAUGAAUAUAUGGUCACACUUUUAGGGGCUUAUGAGAAGAAUAAUGCUAGUAUGCUUCAGAUUCUUAAGUCAAGUGAUAGCUCAAAGAAAAUAGGUGGUUCUGUUGUAGGCCAUAAGUAUAUACGUAAAGAUAGAAAGCAGGGUCAUGAGAGAUUGUUUGCAGAUUAUUUUGCUACAAAUCCAGUGUAUUCACUUACAAUAUUUCGGAGAUGUUUUCGAAUGCGUCGUCCUUGGUAUCUGCGAAUUUUGAAUGCAAUCCAAACACAUAAUUCAUAUUUUGUUCAGAAACAAGAUGCAGCUCAUGUAGUUGGAUUAUCUCCCCUACAAAAAAUGACUUCAACGAUGAGAAUAUUGUCAUAUGGUGUCACAGCAGAUGUAAUUGAUGAUUAUAUACGUAUCGGGGAAAGCACUGCAAUUCAAAGUUUGCAACAAAUUUGUAAUUCGGUGAUUGAAAUCUUUGGACCAGAACAUCUGAGAUCUCCAACACCAACUGAUAUUGCUAGAUUAUUUGCUAUUGGGGAGGUUCGGGGCUUUCCGGGUAAAGUUUCCCCUGUCCAUUACACUAUUAAUGGACAUAGUUACGAUAUGGGUUAUUACCUUGCUGAUGGUGGUGAUGUACGUUUUUGGGAUUCGAAAAUGUUUGCCAACAUAAUGAAGAGUUGCAUUAUAUUACAUAAUAUGAUUGUCGAAGAUGAGAGGAAUGAGCACCUUGAUUUCGAUUCUGGAUCUUCAUCAAUCAACGCACCAGUGCAACUUUCCUCUAUUCCUACCAAUGACUUUCAAUCGUUUUUGUCUCGUCAUUUAGGUAUUAGAGAUAAGGAUGCAUACCAUGCCCCCCGUAAUGAUUUAAUAGAACAUAUGUGGCAUCUUCAUGGUGAAAACUAA